UUGUUAUGUGUGGCCGUGAUUAGCCUUUGAAGUACCGGAUUAUCUGCACCCUUCCUCGGCUGACCGGGAGCCGCCAUGGAAUGUCGUGUUCUGUCCAUACAGAGCCACGUCGUCCGGGGAUACGUGGGCAACAAGAGCGCCUCUUUCCCAUUACAGGUCUUAGGGUUUGAGGUGGACUCCAUCAACUCCGUCCAGUUCUCUAACCACACAGGUUAUUCUCAUUGGAAAGGCCAGGUGUUGACAGCAGACGAGCUCCAUGUUCUUUAUGAAGGAAUCAAACUGAACAACGUACAUCAGUAUGACUAUGUUUUAACAGGGUAUACCAGAGACACAUCCUUCUUGGAGAUGGUCGUGGACAUUGUUCAGGAGCUGAAGAGAGCAAACCCCAACCUGGUGUAUGUAUGUGACCCUGUCCUCGGGGAUCAUGGAUCUAUGUACGUUCCUCAGAAUCUUUAUCCCGUCUAUAAGAACAAGGUGGUUCCUGUUGCUGACAUUAUUACUCCUAACCAGUUUGAGGCAGAAUUAUUGACGGGGAAAAACAUCAGCACAGAGAAAGAUGCUGUAGAGGUUAUGGACCUUCUCCAUGCUAUGGGCCCAGACACAGUGGUCAUCACCUCCUCUGAUUUGCCCUCCAGACUCGGAGACCGCUUCCUUGUGUCGCUGGGCAGCCAGCGCCAUGUUCGCCCUGAUGGCAGCAGGGCGACGCAGAGAGUUCGAAUAGAAGUGCCCAAAGUGGACGCCGUCUUUGUAGGAACUGGAGAUUUAUUUGCUGCUAUGCUGCUAGCGUGGACACACCACUACCCUAAUGACCUUAAGAUGGCCUGUGAGAAGACGUUUUCAGUGAUGCACCAUGUCAUCCAGAGGACCAUUUCAUAUGCCCACGAGUUGGCAGGUCCUGGUCGGAGGCCCAGUCCGCCCCAGCUGGAGCUGAGGAUGGUUCAAAGUAAAGCGGACAUAGAAGACCCUGCUAUAGUUACGGAGGCCACUGUCAUAUCCUAACAUAACGGACCCAUAAGACUCAUACUAACCCAUAAAUCUCUCAAAUCCUGUAUCUCGGUAAAUCUGUCAUCACUGUAAAACCUUGACUGUCAUCACCAAACUUCAGCACUUCAUCAUCCAGACUCCUUAAACUCCUUUAGUAUUGUAACCCCUCUUAAGUCCCGUCCCCGUUAACCCUUUACCCCUUUAAGCCGUCAGUGUCCUGAUCCUGUAAACUGAACCUUUACCUGCAACUCCUCCAAAACCAGAGUCAUGGAUAGACAGAAUGUUUGGUCAGGUUGGACUGUGGCUGUGCUGUUGUUGCAACUUCUCUCACAAGAAAUAUGAAAUCUGUAGAGUUUAAAUGCUCUGAUUCCACUUAACUCCACUUUUAUAUAACACAUAACAAGCUUCAAAUAGGUUUUUUGAAAAUGGAAAAAUACAAGGGUGCACAAGUCAGUUUGCAUCUGCCCGCCCUACUUCCUUUUACAGGAUUGUCUUGUAUGGAAAUAUUAGAAAAACGUGUAGAAUUCAUUGUCUGCUGUACUUUCAGAAGAAAGUAAAAUACACUACAAGGUUGGUUGUAGGAUUUGUUCCCCCCUGAGAUUUGGAUUUGUCACAGUUCACUGACUGUCGUCACCAGAGCCCUUAAAUCUAAACUCUAACUGAUUGGGACUGUUUCCUUGUUGCGUUGAGAAAAAAAAACACAACGACAUAUUUUAAUAUUUAUCCAAAAGUGAUCCAACAUCUAAGGCGAAAUGAUUUCAGCUGAUGUUGGUUAUCUUACAAUUUCUACCAUAAAUUAUUCAACUUAAACUUGCCCUCAUUGCUCUAUUAAUACCAUUCAAUUCAACCCUUGAAAGAGUCUUAAUGUUAUCGAUGGCCCUCCACACUAGUUUCCAACUCGCACCAUUGUUGCACUUUGAAUUGCUGCUACUGCACGAAUGCAACACUGUCUAUCUAUGGCUCUGCCCAACACUUUUCCACCCCCCUCCUCGUCUUACAGCAGUAGUGUAAUGGUGACCAAGUCUAACCCCCCAGACCCCUUCAAAAUAUAACAAAGGAGAAAAAAAACGCACAAUGUAUAGUUGAUGUAUAGAUGUUGUACUAUAACUGUAUUGGACCAUCUGUAUGAUAUCUUCUAUCUGAUCUGUCUAUUGGACCAUUGUGUUGAUGCUACUGUACUAUAGACCACACACACUACAAUAUCACCCAAACCAGAAACAUCAGGGCUGGUUCUGGCACUCCUCAGGCUCUCCAGUGGCUCCAACCUGUUUCACUUGUUAGCAUUAAGUCAAUGUCUGAUAGUGUGUGGUUGGACAUAGUCUAUCUCAUCAUCAAAAAAAGAAAAAAGCAGCUAACAGAGCUGUACACGGUAGAUGUGAUUGACCAAUCAGAAAAACGGUUACCUGUGUGUCAGAACCAGCCCACAUCAUUACGGUUCCUGGUCCAGCUCUGGCCCAGAACCCUAUAUCUGAGGGGUGUGCCACUGAACUCCUGGAGGCCUCGAGAAGUUGUUAAAGGAGACCCUGAUCAAAACCACAGAAAAGAUCCCCCCCAUCCCCGUCUUUAAAAGUUUCUCAUAGGAAAUGUCUUUCUGAUUCACUUCACACCAAACUGUAGCUAAAACGGCUUUGAAUUUUAGUAUGAAGCCACAGUUUAUUAUUUAUAAUAAUUAUUAUUUAAGUAUCCGUUUAUGUGUCUGUUAUUUCUCUAACCAGUAAUACUUUUGUAAAUUAUGCAAAUCAAUAAUUCCCAGAGCCAAAGAAAAGUGUUCCCCCCCAAUUUCCCAAAGACACGGUAAAACACUAUAAAGUAAAAAAUGUAAACAUUUGAGAAGCUGGAACAAGCAAAUAUGUAUUAUUUCUUAGCAAUUUAAAUGUUUCAACAAAAGAUCUAUUAUCAAAAUGUUAAAGUUUCUGUAGCUAAAAGACGCAUUUACUAGCUACUCAACUAGUUAACAUACCUGGCUACAAUGAUGCAGUCAUGUUGUGUAAUCCGAUGUUUCUGCUCUGGUUUUAUAGCCAUUUUUUUUUGUAAUUGAUUAAAUGUAUUUAGUUUCUUCCACAGUAGAGUAUGAUUUAAGUAGGAGUACAGGACAUGUGAUGGUGGUGAUGAGCCAGUUCCAAACCUAUGAUGUUGUGAUACCUGGUUUGUGCCUUAGCCCACAGAGCUACCAGGGCACCACAGGAAAUGAGAGAUUUCAAUUUACAUCAGGAUCUUUGUCCCCCCCUCCUCAUGCUUCCUAAGUUUGAAUGUUUUUAAUAGUUUACCUAAAGGAAACAGCUAUGAUGUCAAAUCACGAAAAAGACACCAUCGAGAAAGUAAAAACCAAAUCAUCUGAGGCUUUAAAAAAAGAACAUCUAAAUCCAGACCAUGUCAGUGUCGCACCUGAGCUGGAUGUACGUUUCUGGGCAGGCCAGUGUAAUUCUGUUCUGUUGUUGUUUCUCUAUGGACUGUACUGUGAUACUGCCUUAGGAACCUCACACUUCAACACCACAUUACUGCUCACUGAGGGAGAGAAGGGGUGGAAGGAAACAUGGGGAUGUCUGAAACGUGUGGGUACUUUUUCACAGCAAAGUAUAGUCUUCUGCAGUGGGCCGGAAAGAAGGAAGAAAUAAGAUUGCAUAUGCGCAACUUUUCUGAUUACAGCUAUAGAGAUAUUUGUAUAUUUUAAUUGAUGGGAUUUGAGUAUUCUUUAAAUUAACUAACCAUUUUUUUUAUUAAAAAAAAUUAUAUUGCCCUCAAAAAUGUUGUUUUUUGGAAUUUUCUGACAAACUACUUCUGAGAUCAAAUUUACUUUCACUUUGUUACCAACCCGUUUUAUAGAGUAGAGCAUCUUAAAAUAAUAUGGAUACACCUUCUGGACUUUAAGGGGGGGGGGGGUUGGGUAGGGGAGGGGAAAUGCCAUCUCAUUUUUAAAAUUGAAAAAGUUGCUAAUGUUUUUUUGUAUUGUUUCACUGUAGCUCUGAUUGUCAUAUCAACAACAUACUGCUGUGUCUGUGCGCUUGGCCAACCAGCUUUAAGCUCUAUGAUCAACAUGUGCACUUUCCAAUCCUCUGCUUCCUGCCAACAAAACCAGUCCGCUGUGUUAUUGGGUCAAAAUGUGUCUGUAGGUGCCUGUGCGUUGUGUUUGAGAGAGUGUAUGUACAUGUAUAUAGAUGUCCUUUAUGGUCACAGGGUUCUGUGUGUGUGUGUGUGUGUGUGUGUGUGUGUGUGUGUGUGCGCGCAUGUGAGAGGAGGAGGGUACAAGAAAAGACAGGAAUAGUGCACAUGAGGAGAGGAGGGGAGGUAUGUUGAAGAGGACAAUCAUUCUGUGAUGUAACGCAGUGUUGGAUGAAUCCAUUUACCCCUGUCUGCUUAAAAAAAAAAAAAAGAAAGAAAGAAGGGGGGGGACUCAACCUUAGACAUGUUUCCUUGAUGCCUCACAUCUCCUCUUUCUCUUCCUCCCCAUCUGGCCAUUCACAUAAAAAAAAAGCCUCCAGUGCUGUUUGUUGGGUCUGUAGCGAUAGUGUUUAAACCUUAGCUUUGCUGUGUGUGUGUGUGUGUGUGUGUGUGUGUGUGUGUGUGUGUGUGUGUGUGUGUGUGUGUGUGUGUGUGUGUGUGUGUGUGUGUGUGUGUGUGUUUUUGUGUGUUAGGUGGUUAAACUUGUACCCUGGCUUACCCCCAACAGCUCCGCUAGUUUGUCACUACUAUCCCUGCUUUCCAUGGCCUCUCAUCUUCACCUACUUGCUGUCUUUUGCAGAACAACUAAACCUCCCUGUUAAAAAAAAAACAA